CUACUUCAGGUUCUUUCAUUCCUAUACUUAAGCUUGCUUAAUCUACUUUGGAUUUGGAGAGAGGAAUUGCAGCUGGGAAAGACAUAGAAGAGUUUUGAAACCUAUAGGCCCUUCUUCUGGCUCUAAAUGUAGCUGUUACAUUGUUAGAAAAAAGACAAAUGCAGAUGUUGGACCAUGUCAGAAAUCUUGUCAAGAGCAUGGAAUGUCUCACACAGAGUGGAGAUAUGGCUUCUGAUUCUGGUGGCUUAUUUGCUCCAAAGAAAUGUGAACUCAGGACAUAUGCCAACCAAAGCUGUGGAUCCAGAAGCAUUCAUGAAUAUUAGUGAGAUCAUCCAGCACCAAGGGUAUCCCAGUGAAGAGUAUGAAGUUGUAACUGAAGAUGGGUACAUCCUUUCUGUUAACAGAAUUCCUAAAGGGUUGAUGCAAUUUAAGAAGGAAGGAUCCAGGCCCGUGGUGUUACUACAACAUGGCCUAUUUGGAGAUGCCACCAACUGGAUCUCCAACUUGCCAAACAACAGCCUGGGCUUCAUUCUGGCUGACGCUGGCUUUGAUGUAUGGAUGGCAAACAGCAGGGGAAACACCUGGUCUCGGAAACACAAGACUCUCUCCAUAGACCAAGAUGAGUUCUGGGCUUUCAGUUAUGAUGAGAUGGCUAGGUUUGACCUUCCCGCAGUGAUAAACUUUAUUUUAAAGAAAACUGGCGAGGAAAAGAUUUAUUAUGUCGGCUAUUCACAGGGCACCACCAUGGGCUUUAUUGCAUUUUCCACAAUGCCAGAGCUAGCUCAUAAAAUCAAAAUGUAUUUUGCUUUAGCCCCUAUAGCCACAGUUAAAUAUGCAAAAAGUCCUGGGACUAAAUUUCUGUUGUUGCCGGAUAUGAUGCUCAAGGGAUUAUUUGGCAGAAAAGAAUUUUUAUACCAAACCAGGUUCUUCAGAGAUCUUUUUAUUUACCUUUGUGGCCAGAUGAUUCUUGAUCAAAUUUGCAGCAAUAUCAUAUUACUUAUGGGAGGAUAUAACACAAACAAUAUAAACAUGAGUCGAGCAAAUGUAUAUGUUGCCCAUACUCUUUCUGGAACAUCUGUGCAAAAUAUUCUACACUGGAGCCAGGCAGUAAAUUCUGGGGAACUUCGUGCAUUUGACUGGGGAAGUGAGACCAAAAAUCUGGAGAAAUGCAAGCAACCAACUCCUGUAAGGUACAAAGUUCGAGAUAUGACAGUCCCGACAGCAAUGUGGACAGGAGGUCAGGACUGGCUUUCAAGUCCAGAGGAUGUGAAAACACUGCUCUCUGAAAUGACCAACCUCAUCUACCACAAAAACAUUCCUGAAUGGGCCCACGUGGAUUUCAUCUGGGGGUUGGAUGCUCCUCACAGGAUGUACAAUGAAAUCAUACACCUGAUGAAGCAGGAGUCCAACCUUUCCCAAGGAACCUGCAAAGUCAAACUGUGAGACUUGUGCUACUGGCAAGUCUUGGAACAAUCUC